CUCUUCUCCCUCUGAAGGAUUGUUUACAUUUUAUACCCUCGUCGUUUGCACGCCUAUUUUAAAUUUUAUUUUUUACUAUGUUGUACUUCUUGAUAUUGCCUUAUUUUUAACGCUGUUAUUUUAUCGUCGGGAAUAUUUAAAAUGCAAUUAAUUUUUUUGGGAACUGCGUCAUGUUUUCCAACUUAUCACAGAAGUGUAUCUUGCCUUGCUCUGCGUCAUGCAGAUGGCUCUGUCUGGAUUUUUGACUGCGGGGAAGGCUCUCAAGUACAGCUUCAGAGAAGUUGCGUUAGACCAGGAAAAAUAACUAAAAUUUUCAUAACACACCUUCAUGGUGAUCAUCUCUUUGGUCUUCCAGGAUUGAUUGCCACAAUUUCCACACAAGCUUCUUUCAAGAGUGAUUUCAUACUAGAUAUUUACGGCCCCCAGGGUUUAAGACAGUUUGUCAGACAGAGUUUAUAUUUAUCUAGGAGCGAGCUCCCAUUUAAGUUUAAGGUCCAUGAGCUGAUUCCAGAGAGCUACCAGCUGCCACAAGACUGGGACAAAUGGAAACCUGAUUUAGUUAGUGGGCCCCUACACCCACAAGAGCUGCUUGGAGACUCUAUCUCGGCACAAAAUGACGCAUGGACUGUGAUUUCAAAAGUAAAAGGCAAGACUAGCGUGCUAGCUGGACACAAUGAACAUUUAAGGAUCCCUAGUUUUGGCUAUGUGAUUGAGGAGCCAGAUUUGAGUGGCAAACUUGAUGUUGAUAAACUUGCAUCAAUGAAAAUACCGCCUGGAAACGUUUACAGUAGACUCAAGCAAGGGGAAGAUGUCACUUUUGAUGGAAAUCUGGUCAGAUCAAAAGAUGUUGUGGGAUCGCCAAAGAAAGGGAGGAAAAUCACGAUCAUGGGUGACACAUGCAACUCGGACAGAAUGAUAAAGAUGGCCUUAAAUAGUGAUGCGCUAGUUCAUGAAUCUACGUUGGAAAACAGCAUGCUUGAAAAUGCGCUAGAAAAAGGUCACUCCACGCCCGGGAUGGCAGCGAAAUAUGCCCAUGAAAUCAGCGCCAGAAAUCUUAUCUUGACCCACUUUAGCCAGAGGUACCGAGCAACUUCGGAAGAGGAAGGACCAACAGUUGAUAUUUUGCAGAAGGAAGCUGAAGAAUCUCUCUCAGAGUUAGGAAAUACUUCAUGUAAGGUUCAUCUGGCCCAUGAUUUGCUUGAAUUUUCUGUGAAACGGAUCCUAAACGUCAUUCAGGAUGGAUAGUUAUCAACAUUUUGAGUGCCGAGUCAAAAUAUGAAUUAUAUACAUUACCGUUUUUAUGGACUUAAAAUGUGUGACAAGUAAUCCAGAAGACUUUGUGUUAAACUGGUGAGCUGUCCGGUCCUCGGACAGGGAUAAAUAAAAAUAAAAAAAAUAAAAGGUUUAAAGUCA